CCCACCUCCUUUUUUUUCCGGCCUUUUUUCUUUCGUUAAUACACAAACAUGUUGGCUGUAGACGAUAGUGAUGUCCUUGUUCAAACUUCAGUUCUUGUUGAUUCCGAAGCACAAGUGUUUGCAAGAAACGAACUUAUUGAAGAAAUAAGGACGACUAUUAUAUCUCACCCUUAUUUGGAUGAUAUGCUAAAUAAAAUCAGAGAUACCGCAAUACCAUGGGAGGAUUACAAGAAUGUAGGAUUAAUUACAGCAGAUGAAGUUGCUAUGAUUCAACAUGUAGAAAAUAAAACAACGAAAGAACUUGUACCUAUUAUGACCGAGCAUGGUUUGUAUUACGCUGCCUUGUACCUGGAAUUAAUGCAAAAGUUGGCAAGAGUGGACGCUCUUCAAAAAGUACUUGUCUUGAUCCACGACAUGUUAAAUGAACAUGAAGAACGAAUUGAGUUGUUUCAUCAGGCUGGAGAGAAAGUCGUUGAUUUUCCAUUCGGUCCUUUUCACAAAGCAUUAAGAAUUGGCGAUGAGUUUAUUGGUAUUCAAUCAAGUAAAGUCUUGACAUUGUUAAUAUGUUCUACUUCUCAGCGCGACAUUGAUAUUUAUGAGUUUUUCAGAUGGAUCACGUUUCAACUUCAAAGUCAACAUCAACAUGUAGUUGACUUGAACAUACAAAUUCUAGAUGCCCUAUUCCAUAUUCCCGAAUACAGAAAAGCCUUCUGGAACACAACGCAUGCUAUUGACUCUCUUGCCAAUAUCUUAAAAAAGGCUAAAGAAAAGAAUGUUGGCCCUCAAAAGAUUUAUGAAAUCACAUUUGCAAUCUGGCUCUUGACAUUUGACAAAGAUAUCGCAAAGAAUUUGGACAAGAAAUGUCAAGUUAUUCCAACAUUAGUUGAUUUAGCGAAGUUUGCUGUAAAGGAAAAGGUCAUUCGUGUUGUUAUUGCCACAUUUAAAAAUUUGAUCGAAAAAGCAGUCGCAGAGAACAUGUCUGCUAUGCUUGUUGCUAAGCUAUUACCACUUUGCGACCAUCUUGCUACUCGUAAAUGGAACGAUCAAGAAAUUACAGAUGAUGUUGUUUUUGUUCAAACAAAAUUGCAACAAAACUUUCAAAGCUUAACUACAUUUGAAGUAUAUGCUUCUGAAUUGGAGACUGGUAUGUUACAAUGGAGUCCUUCGCACUCUUCAGAAAACUUUUGGAAACAGAAUGCAACUCGACUUAACGAAAAUAGCCAGUUGUUAUUGAGACAAUUAACUCGUUUGUUGAGUUCAUCAACCGACCCUGUUGUGUUGGCAGUUGCUUGCCAUGAUAUUGGCCAAUAUGUCAAAUACAAUUCUAUUGAUGGAAAAAAACACUUGGAAGCACUUGGAGCUAAACAAAGAGUUAUGGAGCUGAUGACACAUCAAGAUUCUGAUGUUAGAUAUCAAGCUCUUUGUGCUACUCAGAAGUAUUUUGCCAUGACGUCUUGAUAAGACAAAAUGUAAAUUAUGACCAGUCGAUAUGGGUCAAGAAAUCUCACUUUUUUUUCUGGCAAAUAAAGAUCACUUUUGUACACAAUGUAAU